AUGGACGGGUUCACCUCCUCCGGACCAUCCGACCCCUUCAACUCCUCCCACUCCCGCAGCAGCAACCCCUUCGUCGGCCCCUCCGUCGCCGUCAUCCGCGACGUCCCCAUCGUCGAGCGCGUGCCGGUGAAGCUCUCCCACACAGCUACUAACUUCUUUCCGUGGAAGACGUACUUCGGGCUUAUCUUCCGCGAGUAUGAUCUCCUCGACCACGUCGAUGGAACCAUCGACCUCCUCGCCAUGCCCCACGACCCCGACUGGUUGGCGAUCGACGCCACCAUCAUCCGCUGGUUUUUCCAGACCGUAUCCAAUGAGAUUUUCCGCACCGUCGUCAAGGACGGCGACUCCGCGCGCACGGAGUUCUUCGGCACCCACCAGAACGAUCUCUCCCUCGAUGACUACCUCCUCCGCCUUAAGUCCCUCUCCAACGAGCUACGCGACCUGGAGUUCCCGAUCGAUGACAAGAUUCGCCUCUCCACGCUGUCGGCAGGACUCGGCGAAUAUCUAAGCAAUGCCGCCUCCAACCUCACACUGCGCACCACCCCAACCUUCGAGCAAGCUGUGGCGGCUGAAGCAUCUGCAGGCCCGGGCGACUCACACCGCCUUUGCCGCCGGCCUCUCCCGCACCUCCACGACUCCGUCGCCCACGGCGCCUCCCGCGCACCGGCCCCGACCCCGCCCGCGUUCUCCGCGCCUCAGCAGCCCGGCCUAUCCGCCUCCCGCCAACGGCGGCAACGGAGGCAACGGCAGUCAUCGUCGGCGGCGGCGCGGCAACGGGGGCAACGGAGGCAACAGGGGCACCACCAAUCCACCCCCGCCCCGCCCACCGCAGCAGGCCGCCCCGACACCGCCCUCGAAUGA